CAUUCUCGAGCUUCAGUCUCAACUCAACCUCCAAUUAAAUUAGUUCGUUACCAUGGCAACCCAUUAUUUCCUCGUGGGUCUCCUGUCUCUGAUCGCCCCACUCCUAGCUCAACACCCCGACUCCAUCGAUAACCGUGUGGCCAUCCUGGAGAACAAGGUGUCUCAUCUUUCCUCCCGAAUCCUAUCGCUGGAAUACGCUUUUAAGGAAUUUUCCACCCAAAAACCGCAAAAUUCCAUCAAAAUCGUUCACCAGACUCAGCACGAGCCCAUCGAAGCCCAGGUUCCCCAGAAGACGCCACCCACCAUAAUCAACCCCGCGGGUGUCAGCGAUGUCGGGGGCGACUUCAGGCCGAAAGAUUGCUCCGAAAUUAUGGAGGAAUUGCACUCAACCCAACGCCAUUCGACUUUUUACACGAUCUACCCGAUUUCCAGGAACCGUCCGCUAGAGGUGUACUGCGACAUGUCGACCUACGGGGGCGGGUGGACGAUCGUGCAACGGAGAGGAUUCGACGGUCUGGAACGGGAAGAUUUUAACCGAACGUGGAAAGAGUAUGCGAAAGGGUUUGGAAAUUUGAAUGGAGAUUAUUGGUUAGGCCUCGACAACUUGGCCGCCCUGACGAAAUAUGACGACCAAGAAGUCCUCUACGAAUUUUUACAAGCUGACGGAAGCCGAAGGACGGUGACUUACUUGAACUAUGAGAAAUUCCAGGUGGAAAAUGCCGACAAUUUUUACCGCCUUCAUUUAGCCGGAUACAAUCAACAAUACAGCACCGGACUGAAGUAUUAUUUGGAGAGGCAGGACGGCAUGCUGUUCUCGACCAGAGAUAAGGACAAUGCUGGAACGAAUAAUAGAAAUUGUCGACACCAUUCCGGGUGGUGGUUGCAGUCCACAAUUUGUCACAGGCAACCCGAUUUGAACAUGCCAUAUGCCGACGGAGUCUUGCACCUACACAAAUUCAGCAUCGUCCAAGACCGUGACGGCGUUUCGAUCAAGAUCCGAGCCAAGAAACCCGCCGUUCACUAAUAAACAAUUAAUCCCUUUACGACUAAAUUAUUUGGGAGACUAAAUUAAUUUGUGAAUAAAACUUUUACGGGGAAAA